CACCCUCUCUAAAUAAAUAGGGGGAAGAGUUAUGACAAAUGCAAAUCACAUAAUUCAAAACAAUGGCAUCCAAUUUCCAUUUCCACAACAACAAUAGCCAAAAGAGUCAAAAAAUUGUAGUAGUUGUAGUCCCUUUUCCAGCACAAGGCCAUCUUAACCAACUUCUUCAACUCUCUUGCCUUAUAGCAUCUUACAAUAUACAAAUCCAUUAUAUUAGCACAAAAACACAUAAUCUUCAAGCUAAACUUAGAGUUCAUGGCUUGGACUCAUUUUCCAACAUUCAUUUGCAUGCAUUUUCUAUCCCUACUUUCAUAUCUCCCUCUCCAAAUCCCAAUUCUUCUAUUAAAUUCCCAUCCCAUCUUCAACCUUCAUUUGAAGCAUCCACUCACCUAAGAAAACCAGUCAAAAAACUUUUGCAUACACUUUCAGCCAAAAAUAAAAGAGUCAUUAUAAUAAAUGACUCUUUAAUGGGAUCAGUGGUUCAAGAUUUUGUGUCCUUAGAAAAUGCAGAAGCUUACACUUUCCACAGUGUGUCAGCUUUUACUCUUUUCUUUUUCAUAUGGGAAAAUAUGGGCAGACCUUUCCCUAUUGAUGCUGAAAUAUUAAAAGACCUUCCUUCACUUGAAGGUUGUUUUAGUUCUGACUUUGAGAGAUUCUUGAAAACAGAAUAUGAAUACAUGAAAUUUAACUCUGGCAAAAUUUAUAACACAUGCAGAGUUAUAGAAAGUCCUUUUCUUGAUUUGUUGUCUAAAGAACAGAUAAAUGGUAACAAGAAACAAUGGGCUCUUGGACCAUUUAAUCCUGUAACAUUAAGUGGGACCAAAAAAGGGUCCAAUAUUAGAAGCCACAAAUGUUUGCUUUGGCUAGACAAACAAGAACCAAACUCAGUGUUAUAUGUAUCUUUUGGUACCACAACUUCAUUUUCUGAUGAACAAAUCAAGGAAAUGGCAAUUGGAUUGGAACAAAGCAAACAAAAGUUUAUUUGGGUAUUAAGAGAUGCUGAUAAAGGGAAUGUGUUCACUAAAGAUUUGAGACAAAUUAAAUUACCAAAAGGGUUUGAAGAUAGAGUUAAAGAAAAGGGAAUUGUGAUUAGAGAUUGGGCACCACAAUUGGAAAUUUUGUCACAUUCUUCGAUCGGUGGAUUUAUGAGUCAUUGCGGAUGGAAUUCUUGCAUGGAAAGUAUAUCAAUGGGAGUGCCAAUAGUUGCAUGGCCAAUGCAUUCUGAUCAACCUAGGAAUACUGUACUUAUUACAAAGAUUCUUAAAGUUGGUCUUGUUGUUAAGGAAUGGGGUCGUAGACAGGAGAUUGUAACAUCAAAUAUGGUGCAGAAAGGUGUGGAUAAAUUGAUGGCAUCAAAAGAAGGAGAUGAGAUGAGGAACAGAGCAAAAGAUUUGUGUGCAGCCUUGAGGAAGUCAGUGGCUGAGGGUGGAGUUAAACGCAUGGAAUUGGAUUCAUUCAUUUCUCACAUAACAAGGUGAAAUUGAUCAAAAUCAAGAAUAUUUCAUGUAUCUUGUCAUUUGCAGGGUUAUAAUUGCAUCUACUAUCAAUGUACAAAAAAUCAGUAAGAUCCAAUUGAUAUACAUUGUUGGUGUGUAAGAUCCAAAUGUAUAAAUAUACAUUGUUGGUGUGCACUAUCAAUAUAAUUGAACUUAUUAUAA